UACAUCAAGUUAUCAAUCAGCUGUUACAGCGAUAAUUCGAAAUCGAGUUAGUGCCUACCUUAGAAUAUGCAAACCCCCAGGUACAGUGUAGACUACCUAAAUUACAAUAUAUUUAAAUGGCAGAUAGGUCCAUAGUAAACAUGGGCCCAAUAUGGACUUCCUUGCUACUGAUAUGUUCCAGGCUAUCAUAUGCUCUGGAAGUGGAUCUCAUGCAGCCUACUAUCCCCUACCCAGUCGAGAGUUUCGAAGGGAGCUUCUAUGGUGGAGGUCGAUUCAGACUGAUACAUUCAAGUACACCUAGUAUAACCCUGGUCAAAUAUGGUAACCUCACAAUCUUCAACAAUAUGUCUGGCAUGAACAAGGCAUUGGAUGUAUACGUCCAAGAAUACAGGCGAGGCAUUGGCCUGAUUGUGUCCAUCAUCGAUGUGGAUAGGACUACUAAUGGAUCUAGGCAUAUAAGGCAUUUCGAGAUUGCGGACGACCAGUUAAGAUUGAUUAAUCGUGCGACGAAGCUUGAUUUUUUAAAUGGGCCCAUAUCACUGAUGAUUGACUUGUGGAGUGCUAAGUUGAACCCCCUUGUAAUCAAGUCUACCAAGGGAACAAAUAUACGAUACCGCCUGGCCAAACAUUACAAUGCAAAAUUCAGGGACAGCAUAAGCCGUAUAAGAGGAUCUUAUGAUGUUUUCCUGAUAUCCCCUAUAAUGAAUAUAGACUGGUUGUACCAAACCCCUGGAAGUUCCCAAUCAUUAAUCAGCUCACACAGUAUUAGAGUACAUGUGGACGUCGUAUUGCAACACUUUACAUUGUGGAUCAAACAUAAGGGUUACGUAGGUAACUACACGUUGAGUCUGCCUCCAGUAGUGAACGGUAUGUUCAAGGCACAGCACAUACUGGACCCUUCAUACCGCAAUGUCCGCCCUAUUCCAACGGGUGGCGCCAGUAGUACAGGUCAACUUGAGAUUGAUCUAUCCAGGUUUGAUAAUAGUUCACCAGAGGUCAUCGUUGUAGCCAACCUUAGGAGGGGUUGCUGGCUGUACAGGCAAUACUGCAUUGUGCCGUUUCCGUACCCCGAACAAGUUGUCAGAGUUACCAACUCAAAAGUCCAGACUGUUAUUUAUGAAUCUGGUGACGUGCUUGUAACGCACGUGGAGGUGUUUGACCACGUUGUUCAUGGGUGGGAAUACGUGGUGGUGAACACGAUGAAGGUAUAUGACACUGAUAUCACGGACGAGUUUCACACAGAGACCGUGCGAGAGGUUUUUAAGCGUAUGAGCAGCCAAGGUCCCAAUGCAUAUUUUGACUUGAGCAUGAUAUGUCGGUGCCCGUACGUGAAGAUGCUCUAUAACAUUAGCGUAUGGGAACAGAGUUGUGUCAACGUAGAUAUACAUGACCUCGUGGAAAGUGACUGUAAAGCCGUAGACUGUUCGUGACUUCAAGGUAUCAUCUGUUUGUGUACAUAUGGUAGCCUCAGUGUAUCCAUUUGAUAUA